CUUCAAACUUGUAAUUUGACAUUAUGUAAACAUUAUUUCUUGUUGAACCUGUUGCAUAUUUUCUAAUGAUCCAAUUUUAUAACAAUUAAAUUAUAAAUAUAUAAUUUGAAUAUUUUAAGCGUCAUCAAUUCUACCCUUAUUUUAAUAGGUUUUUCGAUUAGCUAUGAGAGGUAGAAGUAACAGCAGUCAUGAAAAUGAAAUGGAUACUACUGCGCCAAGGAGUUUCCAGGAGAGAAAAAUUUGCUAUAGAAAUUUACUCAAUAAAGUUGAAGAAAUAGAAGAGAAAAAAGAUCUUGGACUGGCAACUGUUACUGAGGUCGGAAAUAUUUUAAAAGAGAUCAACAAUCUUGAAAGGGAAUAUACAAUAGAACAAAGAGUUGAACAAACUGAUGAGACUUUCCUAGAUUGUAUGGUAUUGUCAUCAUCUAGUGGAAUUUUGGUUAAAUGUAUCAAUGCUUUGGAUAUAUCAACAGCAACUUAUGAACCAAAGGAAUUUAGUGAUAAACUAUGUGAAUAUUUGAAAGGAAAUAAUUCAGAUUAUAAUCCUAGCGAUAUAUUGAAACUUUUGGAUGAUGCUAGAAAGAUAAUCCCAGAAAUAGAACCAUAUGAAUUUGUUUAUGGAAGCUGUGAUUUAGAUAAGUCACCAGAACCAAAAGAGAAGAAAAUCAUUAAACGAGAUCCAAAAGAAAAACUCACAAAAAAGGAACCAGAAAAAGUUUUAACUUUGAAUAAAGAAGAAGAAGGAAUACAUGAAAUUGUUAAAGUUUUAAGUGAUGUUCUUUGGGAUGAAUACACUAAGAAUGGAGAACAACCAAUUGAUUAUUAUGAUUACGUCAUUGAUACCAGCAAUUUCACCACUACUGUUGAAAAUAUGUUCUACUGUUCUUUCUUAGUCAGAGAUGGAAAAGCAAAGAUUGACCUUGAUGGUCUAACUCCAAAGAUAAGACCAGUACCUAAGAAUGAGUUACAGAAAUUCAGAGAUGAAAAUGGUAUGAAUUACCAAAUAUUAACCACAAUCACAAUGGAAGACUGGGAGAAUUUCACUAAAGAAGGAUACCUUCAAAAGCAUAGGAGGCUGCGGAGAAAAUAGAAACAAGAAAAAAUACAUGUAUUAUAUUUCCACUUCAAAAGAUGUUCUUUGUAUAUUAAAAGUUAAUAUGUAAAA